AUGGGGGUCGCGCCGUUCGAUCCACAUUUUGCACGUGAGGUGAAACAAGUUCGGUCUGUGGGUGGCAUGGGGUAUACACUCAUGCUUAAAGAUGUGUUCGAACGCGGCUGGUCAGAAUCCACAGUUACAAAGUACAAGACAGAUUGGGAUAACCAAAGGAUUAUAUAUUCACAAUAUUUUCCUGAGAAAUGGCUAGAAGGAGAGUACGAAUUUAAGGGUGACGCAUUCGGUCUUGGAGUGCUACGAAGUGGGCACUGGAACUUAACCCUGCGCGACUAUUCUCAAACGACGAGGAUCAAGCGCAAUGGACCAGGAGUUGACGUGCACGUCGAGAUCGAUCAUAUCGGUGACAUGGACAUCCACAUUGGCAAUCUGCUGCAGGGCAGGAGCAUUAUGGAAAACGUGUUAGACCGCAUCAUCAAUGCAUCUUGGAAACCCGGCUUCGCUGUCAUACGACCACUGAUAAAUGACCUGGUCAGCACUGCCUUUACAGAUAUCUGGAGCACGUCCUUCAAAGAAUUUCCCGUCGACGCUUUUAUUCGAGAUUAA